AUGAGUCCAUGGUCACCUGCUUCAUCUCUUGGGCAGUCGGCUUCUCCUCAGUCACCUCCUCCUAGGCAGCGGCCUCCUCCUUCACUUCCUCAACCACCAGCAAAGAAGCAAAAGCAACCACCAAAGAAGCAAUCAUCAGUUAAAGAGCCUCCAAAGAAGAAGGAGCAGAUGAAGAAGAAAGCUAAGGAGCCUGCUAAGCUACCGUGGGAGAAAACUUAUGAGGAAUGCUGUGAGGAAGCUAAGAAAGCGGUUGACGAGCACUUCAAACCGAAGAAGCCAGAGAAGAAGGUACCCAUAAAUCCAGCAGAUUCAGCAUUUUUCUUAAAAAUGACCGAUGUAAAUAGGAGGAAAUUCAUUCCACCAUCAGAUUACGAUGACUCAAUUACCUAG